AUGCCUCUCACGAAAGACCUCCUGCACCCUUCUCCCAAGAAGGAGAAGCAGAAACACAAGAAGAAGCACCUGGCGCAGAGUCCGACCUUGUAUUUCAUGGACGUAAAGUACCCGGAGUGUUAUAAAAUCACCACUGUCUUCAGCCACUCACAAAUAGUGGUUCUCUGUGUGGGGUGCUCCACUGUGCUCUGUCAGCCUACUGGAGGAAAGGCAAGACUUACAGAAGGAUGCUCCUUCAGGUGGAAGCAGCACUAA